AUGUUGAUUGACUUCAAAUCUAAUUGCUUUAAGGCACUUCAACUGUCUAUGCAUCUACGAUUGACAGACACUAUGGAAAGAGAAAUUGCUCAUAAAUUAUGUGACUACGCACAAGUAGUCAUCAAUAAUAUGCAACAAUCGAUUACUUUGCAGAAUGUGUUGAAAGUGAAGGGAGGUGGAGAACUUGUAGUAGUUGUUUGUAAACAGAAGUUCUGA